UUGUGUUAAAGUGACGGACUUAACAGGGAAAGCGGAAAUCUAUUAAGUCUUCCUAGUUGCGCAUCCCGCUCGUCACUUGCUUCCGUGACGUCAUCACUGGUGUCAUGGCGAGUCUUGUUUUGUUUUGGUGUGGCGACAGCUGAUCCUGGAUGAGAGAAAGCCCUUGCUUAUAAUGAUUUAGAGUGCUGCUUCUACCCCCCUCAACCCUCUGCGAAGGGCUGACUCGGCGGUGGAAGAGAGGGUCAGGUCCUUCUCCACGGCCUCGGAGGCCUCGGAGGACUCCACCUCAGCUCUUCUCCCCGACGUGGCCUUCGGGCCCGCCUCGUCCUCCUCUGCCGCCGCCAGCCACACGGGCAUGGGUUCUCCGAGGAGCAACAGGGAGAGCCAGCCGCUCCUCGGCGCCAGGCACGAUGUCGACGAGUUCAACCACUGGCCAGAUGACCCACACUUUACAGACUUAGUAAGACAAGCAGAAACAGCCAUUGAGAGUGGAAUUUAUCCCGAGAGGAUAUACCAGGGCUCGAGUGGGAGCUACUUCGUCAAAAACAGCAAUGGGAAAGUCAUUGCUGUGUACAAGCCAAAGGACGAGGAGCCAUAUGGUCGCCUUAAUCCCAAGUGGACCAAGUGGUUGCAUAAGGUGUGCUGCCCAUGCUGUUUUGGGCGGUCAUGCCUUGUGCCCAACCAGGGCUACUUAUCAGAGGCGGGCGCAUCCCUUGUUGACCAGAAGCUGCAGCUGAAUGUUGUUCCUAAAACUAGGGUAGUCAAAUUAGCUAGUGAAACCUUUAAUUACACAAGGAUAGACAGAGAAAAGUCAAGAGCCAAAAAAUUGGUGUCUGAGAGAUUUCCGAAAGUAGGGAGACACUUCCACAGGAUCGGUCUUCCUCCCAAAGUCGGCUCCUUCCAGCUGUUUGUAGAGGGCUUCAAAGAUGCAGACUACUGGCUGCGGAGGUUUGAAGCAGAGCCCUUAGGGGAAACUACCAGCCGGCAAUUCCAGCUCCAGUUUGAGCGGUUGGUUAUCCUCGAUUACAUCAUCCGAAACACGGACCGUGGCAAUGACAAUUGGCUCAUCAAGUAUGACAAGCCAGAAUUGGAUGACCAGGGAGAUGGGGAGGACUGGUCUCUCGUGAAACCCCCAGAAGUGAAAGUAGCAGCUAUUGACAAUGGUCUGGCAUUCCCCUUCAAGCACCCAGAUUCCUGGCGGGCAUAUCCCUACCAUUGGGCGUGGCUUCCUUGGGCCAAGGUCUCCUUUAGCCAGGAGACACGUGACCUGGUGCUCCCCCUCCUCUCAGACAUGAACUUUGUGCAGGAGCUCUGUGAUGACAUGUAUAAUCUUUUCCAGACUGACAAAGGCUUUGAUCGACACAUAUUUGAGCGCCAGAUGUCCGUAAUGCGAGGACAGAUACUGAACCUGACACAGGCCCUUAGAGACGGCAAGAGUCCUGUCCAACUGGUCCAGAUGCCAGCUGUCAUAGUGGAGAGGUCGAAAGGAAGAGUGGGGACAACUGCCCGUUUCCGUUCCUUCAGUGACACCUUCACGCAGUCAUUCCAAGAAAAGAGUCCAUUCUUCUCGUGGUGUUGAGAGGCGCCAGGAAUAGACAACUAGGCAUAUGGAUUGAGGGGGAACAAGUGGGACUGUUUGUAACACAUUAAUCAUUUAAGUGAUGUGGAAAAUGACUAUAAUUUUUUCAUAGCAUAUGUUGAAUAUCAGAUUUUUUUUUAUCUCUUCUUAUAUUAUGAAUGUAUGUAUAUUAAUUAUGAUGUACUUGUGUGUUGUUUAUUCGAAUGACAUGAGGCAGGUAGUCAGUUCCAGAACCUGCAUUAGGGAAAUGGUGGUUGACAUUACACAAUGCAUCCCAAAUCUGAGGGCCAUGAAUAUGGAACAUUUUAAGAAAAACAGUGCAUACCCCUCAUAUCUGUGCACCCCCACAGAAGCAGACAGCCAAUGGCCUAUACUGCUGAAGCCCAAGGCAGUGGUAAGCAGCGGAAUGUAGUCACUGGUUUCGCUUUAAGAACUUAAGAGGAUGCAGUGAAUACCAGUGAUUUUGAGGAUUCAUGUGAUGAGGCUGGUGAUGGAAAUGGAAUUGAGACUGCAGAUCAUUUAAAAGUCAAAUUUCAUAACAAUAUAUUUAUCAGAAAUUAACCUACAGUGUAUGAAUGUCCAAUCAAGAAGUAGCCAGCCUAAUGUUUAUAGAACUGAAUCAGUGAGUGAAGCACAAAUGAUUUAAAAAACAAAAACAAAUAGAAAAUGUAAUAGAAAGAUGUACAGUCUCAGUGAUCCCCCCUUUUUUUCAUAUAAAUACUUUAUUAUAAAAUUAUUUUAAUUUCUAUGUGUAAACAAGAAUAAAAAUGACUAAAGCCUAUGAUUUCCAAUCAGAAAUAUCUCUAUCUACUUUGGGUGUUUGUUGGUUAUCUAAUUACACCAAAGUUAGGAAAUCCUUAUUGUUGUAUUGAUGCAUUGUUGAUAAGGAAGCAGUUGGAAGUCCAGCUCAUCUCUCAUUUGCUCUGUCAUGGCAUUAAGAGAUGCUAGUAGCAUUUGUUUCUUCCUUUUUUCCUUUUCUUCUUUUCUUGUGUAAUGGUUUCUUCCCUUUCCUGUCUGUCUUUUUGUGUGUUUUUCAUCAUUAUUAUUUUAUUUUAUUUUUUUCAAUGUGCGUAUGACUUUUCUUUUGACAACUUUCCAAACCUAGAGCAGAAAGAUAAUUAGGAUUAAUCAUGUAAAGGAGAUAUAUUUAUAUAGAAUAACCAGUCACAACAGCAUCUGACAUUGUCGUCUCAGUGAUUUUACUCAUAUUGAGUAGGGAUUUUAAUUUCUUCCCCAUAUCAUUAUUUUUUCUUUCUUUCAUGUAAAAGAUAGGCUGGAAAAGGGAAAAUGAUAUCAAAAAUUGUUAAAACCAAAGGAUAAUAAUACCAGGAAAAGGAAGUUGUUGAGAGUAGUUAAUAAAUUUUUUGCCUCUACUUGUAUACACCAUUGUUGGAACAUUUGCCGAGAUAUGUAGUGUCUAUAAUGUCAGUUUGUCUUGUUACAUACUUCAUUAUUCUUUUUUUUUUUCUCUCUCCUCCUCCUUUGUUUGCACUUUCAACAUUACUAUUUUGUGAUUAUUUUUCUGCUUCAUUCAUAUAUGUUUUAAAUAUAACUAUCAUUGUUAUUUUCAUUUUGCUUCCACCCUGAAUGUGGAAAAGACCUCUUGGUAGACUCAUCACACUCAAGACACCUUGACCCCUUAAGAAAGCUCUGUGAUAGUAAAUUACUUUACAGAAGAAUGGCCAUACACUGCAGUCACUAAGACUGAGAAAUUUGAUACUAAGGGAGCUCAUUAGAUAUUAAUGGAGCUGGGGUAUUGUAAGGUGUGGCGUAUGUGGUUUCAUUGAUUUUCUUGUUAAAGAAAUUUAAUAGUGACAGUGGUGUGAGUGAAUCGAUAAGUCCUUUUUCUUUAAGGACUUGUUUUUCAUAGUUCAUAGUAUGACCAAAGUUGGAAUUAAUAAUAGUAAUGAUAGCAAAGAUAAUAUUAAUGUGUAUAGUCAAUAUAUUUUUCAAGUUAUGAUCAUAAAAAUCUUUGGAUUUGAUUUAGUGUUGACAGGGGGAUGGUUUCUGGGUGCCAGUUAUGCAGACUUUGUCCAGAUUUUACAGGAAUUUGGCUUUCACUAUGUAUGUGAUAAUAACCUUAUGAUUGAUUUAUUAUUUCCAUAGCAUUAUUGUGGGCCUAUUUUGAGAUUUUUCCCUUUUUCUAUUUUCUUGGCACUCAGUCCAAAUAGCAGUGGAGAUACCAAGGAAAGCAGUCCAAAAGAAUAUUACUGGCUAAUUAGCACUUGGUCUUAAAACUUUAAUACUUCUCUUUC